CUUUGACGAACCGCAAUCGGUGGGAGUGGGGGCUAUACAAAUAUAGAUUAAUAUAUACACGCAGAUAUAGAUAACUGUUGUUUUUUUUUUAUUUUCAUGAUUUGUGUAAAUAAAAUAUUAAUAAUUCCUUUAAUUGUUAUAAGAAAUAUUUUUGAGUUCAUGAAUUAUGAUAAAAUUUAUCUGUGUACAACGGCGAUAAAAAUUGAUAAAAUACCAUAGCCCUUAACCAAUAUGACGGAAAAGUGGCGUCGCCCGGCAUGCUUGUGAAUUUAUAAUAGUUAGCAAUCGCCAUUCUAGUUUAUUUUCUAUAUCUGUGUGUAUGAAGCCCGGUCCACACUAAGGCAACAUAGAACGCCGUAUAAGUUGUCCAAAAUUUCCUUGUGUUCCGUAACACGUGAAAAGAAAUUAGAAACAUAGCGUACACAUUUAGGCAACAAAACCACAGCAACGUUGAUAAACACCGAGUCCACACCGAUAGACUUGUAAGUCCAUGUUACCCAUUUAACCAAUUUAUUAUAUCGUUUUGCGGUAACACGUAUGGCUUUCAAUCGAAACAUGAAACAAUGAGACAUUUUUGUCGCUUGCAACAAAUUAUUGACGAAACAUUUGGUGACUCCUGGAAAUAUAUAGGAACUUUAUGUUGUGUCAACAUGCUUCGACCUAGAAAGUUGUUUUACGUUGUCUUAGUGUAGACCGGGCUUGAGUCACAGAUAUCUAAACUAUACUGUAGUAUUUUAGAUAUCCGUGGCGUAAGUCUAUGUAGAUGACAAUCAUAAUGUACAAAUAUUAAAUAAUCAAAAUUUUGACAGUACGAUGUUAAACAGUUAUCAAUUUGUGUCUCGUAAUACCGAUGAGUGUUACAGAAUGAUGGCUUCAAUCAUGAACUAAAAUAAUAUAAUUAUAGUUGUUUUAGUUCAUAGUGUCAAUAUUUCAUGAAUGCGCGGUGAGUGUCUACAUAAUACAUAGAGUAAUAUAGAGGUGGCGUUCCAAACAAAAAUUGAUUCCAAAAUUUCAGACCCCUUUUUCAGUGACCAUUUCAACAGUGCUAAUUGCAAUGCUCCUGUCUUUAAAAUACAAAUAUUUGAAUUGUUUUUACAAAUCUUAUAUAUUUUAAUCAUUUUUAGAUUCUGAGUAUAGCGAGGAAUGCAUUGGUUUAUCACGAUUCCGUUAUUUAAAAAUAAGUAUCUACCACGUUUCUUAACACAAAUAUGGCUCUAAUUGAAAAACAACAAAACCGCUUUUGUUGAAUUUUUGAUCUUGUUUUUUACGGUGCAGGUCGUAUUUGAUUAUCGAAGCAGUUUUCAUAAUAAUUGGUAAAUAAUGUAGGAAUAACGUACAAUUUCACACACAUUUGUUCAAUUUUGAAUGGGAUAAAAUUGAGUCAAAAAUAAAAUAAGCAAUAGAGUCAUAAGGUCACAACAUAAUUCUCAAAAAUCAAAAGAAUAAAUUAUGAUAAAACAUACUGCACAACAUAGUAGACAUCAAUGAUUGUUGACGAACGAUGGGUACAAUAGCGGACAAAUUGUCCAUAAUAGACUCCCUUUUUAACUCAAUAACCGACUAUUUGGUUUCAAUUUUGUUAUGCGGCCGUCAUAGGAAACGCCGUCUCUAUAUUAUUCAAUGAAAUAAUAUUAUAAGUCUAAUGGUACUUGAUAAGGUACUCUAUUAUAUUAUACAAUACCACGAUUUACAAGCGACUGGUAUAAAAAGUGAUAACACAACGCGAUAAAAACGGCACUCUAUUCUUAUUCGUGAUUGGUUGAAUUUCGCUCUCUAUUUACUCGUGUAACAGGUAGCAACGCCGCCAAAUACGAUUCGUACGCCGUCUCAUCAACCAAGCACAUUACGUUGAAAGCGUACGUAGUGCCGGAGUAGUUUUGAAAAUCUUAACUUACAUCCGGUAGUCUCCCCGACGACGUUCCUCGGCGCCGUCGGAUAUAAAUGUCAUAAGUAAACAAAACUCGCUCAGCUAUCAUGGCCCUGAAGAACGAUUUGAUCGUGGCUAUGGACAACAAGUCCGUUCGAUUAUAUGAAGACGAAUUCAUGGUGAUUAUAGCGGACGUGUUCCCGAAGUCGAAGCACCAUUAUCUGGUCUUGCCCAAAGAACACAUACAGGAGGUGAACAGUCUCAAAACGCACCAUAUACCAAAACUCAUAUACAUGGAACUCAAGGGUCUGGAGUUCGUUGUGUACAGGACCAUGCUGCCUGCUCGGUGUUUUCAGUAAGUUCAUUCGGCGGAAGCCGUCCAUAGCUACUAAUAAAAUUCUAUAUGUAGAUUGUUGAACCCAUGUUCGUUGUAGGGUCGGAUACCAUGCUUAUCCGUCAAUGAACAGACUGCAUUUGCAUAUAUUGAGCAAAGACUUCAAUAGUGUUCACCUCAGGCAUCCGUUCCAAUGGAAUUCAUUUCAUACUGAAUUCUUCGUGCCAACAUAUAGUAAUUAUAGAACAAUUAUUCGUAAAACUGCUUUUAAAUUAAUCCUUAAAUAAAGCCAUAAACCCCAUUCAUUUUAGUAUGUAAUCACCUUCUAGUUUGCUUUAUUUUCUAAACUUAAGCAAUUUAUUGUAUUUGUUUUUUUUUUUUUUUUAAUCGUUUGAUUUCAAUACACCGAUAAACAAUUACCGUUUACGCGUAUUGUUAUCUUUGAGUGUUUUAGAUAAGUCUAAUGAAUACAAAUCCAAAAUGUUUUUCGAUUUGUCUUGCUCGUAACUCAUAAGUGUUAUAUAAAAAUGUAAAAACUUAUUAGGUACCACUAAUUAAAAUAUUUUUUUUUUAUAUUUAAAUAUUUUUGUAUCAGUACCCAACACUAACAGUUAGAAACAUGACAAAAUAGAUUACAUUUCUACUGAUACAAGUGUAUCAUGCACUCCAUUCCUAAGAUCCCAUCUAUUAUCAUUUUUGGUAUCUCAUAUUCUCAUUGGUCAUUCAUAUUACUGUUAUUUUUACAAUUUGUAUGUUGUUUAUCUUUUUAUACGUACAUUUAUUAUAAUUUGAAACUAUAAUUUAGAACUGAAAACCAUUAUUUCAAUAUUGACUAAUAUUAAAAAUUGGACUAUAUAAUGAUAAAAAAUCAACUGACAAAAUAUUUUGCGCAUACAAUUUAAAUAGUAACUAUGGAUACCAAAUGAAAGUCAAUCAAUGUAAGAGAACAACUCAGUUGCAUUUAUCAAAAAAUAUUUCUUUAUAAUAGAUGUUAAAGCGAAAAUACAAUUUUUGAAUUUCUUACUGUACCUAUUCUGAGAUCUUAAAUACUUGAGACCAAAGCAAUUUAAUUUAUGAUAAAUUGAUGAUAUUUAUUAUGCUUAUAUAAAGAAAUUUUACAUUUUCAGUGAAACAAAGAAACUUAUUGUUUUACAAUGAUAGCACUUUUUCUGAAAGGAAAUCUGACAGGAAAGGUACUAUAAGGAAGUCAUUUUUCGAUUUUCCCAAGAGUUCUCAGCAAAUUUGAAAAACUGAUAGGAGGAAAAUUGGUUCAACAUUAAACAAAUAUUAAAGAAAAUAUAUAAUGCCUAUUUAAUUAUUUUACUAUAAAAUGACAUUUAUAUAUAUUGUUGACAAGGUAUCACUAUCGACUGAACUCCGUUAGAAUCCUUUUUUCGUUAGCAAUGGUUUAUCAUUGCUUACACGUAUACAUUAAAUUAUUCAUUACAGUGGCUACACCCGUCUCCAUUAUCCUAUAUACAACAGUUUUUUUUUUUUAUAUUUUCAUUAAAAAAUAUAGGCGUGUUUUGGCAAAUAAUUAACCUGGUUACUGUGAGCAAAUACUUAUAGAUUAUUUUAUAGUUUUUGUAUUUAGCCAGUACUUUUUUUUCUUUUACAGCAUCUUAGUUAUCAAGUAGAUUUAAUUAUUUAAUUAAUCUAUUUCAUGUUUUAUAAUUAUGUUAAAAUAUUUCUUAGAUUAUAAUUUUUAUUUUGUGUUGUAUUUUUUCAAAAUAAUAAAGAAGAUAAUUAUAAUAUAAAUUUACAUUUAUUUAUUUACACAAUAUUUAUUAAUAGAUACAAAUGUAAUAUUUAUAUGUACUUAUAAAUCAGUUAAUUUAAAGAUUCACUAAAAGAAUAAUUAUAGAUACAGUUGUAAACAGUCAUAAUAAGUAUAUUAUGUUCAUUUAUCAUCAUAUUAUAUUUAACUAUCACAAAACUUAUUUUUUUUAAAAUUCCUAUCUUACCAUUUCGAACUUAAUAAUAUUAUGAUCUUUAUUUUCAUUUACUUUAUGUAUAUUUUCAAUCAACACUUCAAGAUAAUCAUCAUUUAACUUAAAAAAAAAACAUACAUACAUACUUCACACAAUGGGCGGGCAGACUAGUGUGGGUAGGUGAGAAGUUGGGAUAGUAAAGAGGAAAUUUAAUAUAUAUCUUUACACAAAGAUUAAUCAUUGCUAACGAAAAACGAUUAUAAACAAAGUUCAGUUUGAUAAUAAUACAUUUUGUAAUUUAUCCUGUAGUUUCCCAUUUAUUAUGAAAACCCCUGGGAAAAUUAGAAAAUGACCUCCUUAAUGUACCAGACCAAUCUAAUUUUCUUUCAAAAUAAGUGCUACACUUGAAAAUCAGAACAAAAUUUCUGGUAAAAGAGUUAUUAUUAGAAAGAAGAAAAUAAAUAUCAUUGUAAAAUAAAGUACAGCAAAUGUCUCAAUCUCCACUUAGUAAACCAAAUUCAUUAAUUAGAUGUAUCAUUUAAUUAUAAAAAUUCUUUAAAUAUUCACUGUUCAAUUAUCGUAACUAUUGCAGCAUAGUGCUAUUUCUAUAAAGUAUAUACAAUUAACCAAAAUGUUAACUUUUAAUUUAUUUCUAUGCUUAUAAAAAUAAAUAAAAUGUUUUAAAAUUAAAAUUUAUAUUUUAACAUAAGUAUGUCUUUUUGAGAAUUUAUCACCAUUAAUCAAAAUCAUAUAACUAGGUUAAUCACUAAAACACAGCUUAUGUUUAAAAUAAAAAAGUUAAAUUUGAUUUAAAACUGUAUGCUGUAAAUAAAUAAUCAUAAUUUUGAUUUGUCUUUUUAGACUUCAUUAAGUAUUUUUUGUACACGAUAAUUAAUUUGCCCUUGAAAAAACUAUUUAAUCAAUUAUAUUAUAUUUAUAUAAUUAUAAUACAUACAAAUUGUAAGUACUAUAAUUAAUAGUUUAUAGAAUAGAGAAUAAGUGUUGUAGAAAUUAACAUACUGAAGUGGAUAAAUGAAGUGAUAAAAAAAGAUAAUAUAAGGAAUGAAUACAUAAGUGUGGCUUUGAUGAUGAAUAAAAUGGGAGAAAAUAGAUAAGAUUUUAAGAGGAGAGAAUAAUUAGAAGCAAGGUGAAUGAAGGUAAUAAAAAUAAACAUAGGAGAGAAAACCAAAAAAGAGGUGGCUCGAUUCGAUUGAAAAUGAUAUAAGGUUAGCUAGUUUAUGCCAGAAUUAUGUGAAAGAUUGGGUUUAAAAAAUGAUUUAGGAUGGAGGUGGGCAACCUCAAAUAGUUGAGUUAAAGCGGAGGAGAAGAAAAAGAUAUAUUAUAUGAAUAGAUAAUUGUCACCUCCUGAAGUUCUGUGACAAAUAUUUAAAUGCAAUUCAAUUAUUCAAAAUUUUAUUACAAUUAAAUUUAAGACUAAUAUUUCAAAUUAAUUAAAACAAUCUUUUCACAUUCAAUGUAAUGACUAUUUACUUCCGUUGGUUUUAUUAUUGGUAUGUGCUGUGUAAAAAUAAAAUACAUAUUACACCGAUUUGUACAUUACAGUGGUAUUGUAACUCAAAAUUGUAUAUUGUAAUUUGUUUUGCAGAAGUCAUUGUUGAUUUACAAACAUUGGGACAUGUUAAAUUGCCGCUGAACAAGAAAUGUUUAAAUCAACAGCUCCAAUGCCAUUGGUGCAAACAUUAUUUUAAUGACAUACAAAAUUUAAAAUUACACUUGACACUGUUUCACAGUCAAUAACUUGGUAUUUGAUAAUCGAUUGCCCGUUUAACAAUUUCCUGUAUUAUUUUUCAUUUUUUUAAAACAUUGUUAUACUUUAUAUUUUAUUAAUUAUAAUUAUUUUAAUUAAAAUUUGAACAACUUUUUUACAUGUACAAAAUAAAUAAUACAUUCUCUUUGGAACAAAAAUUGUAUUCUAUAUAAAUGUAUAACUGAAACAAAUAUAUGCUACUUACAAUGAAUGCAAAUAGAAAAAAAAAAAUUAUAUAAACAGCACAUUGUUUGACUCAAGAGUCUAGGGGCUAUUGUACUUUCGCCUAAAUAUUUUGACAUAAAUAUUAUGUACUUGUGAAAUAUUCUUUCAGGUCCUUUUCACAAUUUUCAUAUGCUAAACCCAAUCCAAAACCGGAACCCAUAAUCAGCGGCCAUUUCCUACCUAUAUAAAAUAAAA